ACUUAAAAUGAGGUUUUCGAUGGUAAUCGCUCCGUAGGUGUGUUUAUAUUCAUCGCUGUUGACAGUUUAACGGGUGUUUCAGUUUACACUUUAGGUCAACGUUUUGUCAGAGUUAAUCCGUCUAUUUUCUGAUCAACUGCGGACUGUAACAGAGAAUGAAAAUUGUGACGCAGUUGUGUUAAACAUCUUUCACUGCCUGCUGCAGCAGGGCUGUCUGGUUUUACGUCCCCUCAAUAAGCUACCGAAUAACCCCUGUGCAAUUAUUUGAUGCCGGAAGCCAUACAACAUUACAUUUAAUAAUCAAUGUAAAAUGUAGUCAACCAGUUAAGCUAAAAUGUAGGGGGUAGAAGGGUCUCAAAGAAAUAGUUGUGUGUAAAGGACUGGGACUUGUAGUCCAGUAUCGUUAGAAGCGCGGAGCUUCUGAAGUCCUCUUUACAUGAGAAGGACUACAUUACCCAUCAGCCCCGGACGGCUGGAUACUUUGUAAACUCUGUGCAAGUUGCGCAUCUGCGCUGCUAUUUUAGGUAUGCAGCUAGUGCUAUCUGCUCGUUAGUGUGUUGUGCAGACUGUCUGGACUUGGCCUCUAGAAAAUGAAAAAUCAUUAAAGCAUCAAUAUUUGAUGACCGCUAUAAGAUUUUCAGCUGAAUUCUCAUUUGACUACACUGGCUGGUAUCCACAAGAUUCACCACACCUUGCACAGACUGAACCUGACAGAAGACGUUGCACAGGACAGCCACCAGCCAGCCUGCUGCUCCCGAACCAUGCCGCCUAGGAAAAAGAGGAGACCUUCUGCUGGGGAUGACAUGUCAGCCAAGAAAAGUCGCCAGGACAGUGUUUUCAGAAAACAUGAAACGUCACAAAUCAGAGAGGAAGAGACAUUUUCUAGUAAAAGAUGUUUGGAAUGGUUCUAUGAAUAUGCAGGUUGUGACGAUGUUGUGGGGCCAGAGGGCAUGGAGAAGUUCUGUGAGGACAUUGGAGUGGAGCCAGAGAAUGUGGUGAUGCUGGUUCUUGCUUGGAAGCUGGAUGCCCAGAGUAUGGGAUAUUUCACUCUUCAGGAGUGGCUGAGAGGCAUGGGCUCACUUCAGUGUGAUUCCACAGAGAGGCUGAGAAACUCACUUGACUACCUAAGAUCCGUCUUGAACGACAGUACCAGCUUUAAGCUCAUUUAUAGAUAUGCCUUCGAUUUUGCUCGGGAAAAAGAUCAGAGGAGUUUGGACUUGAACACAGCCAAGUGUAUGCUGGGGCUUCUUCUGGGAAAGACAUGGCCUCUGUUUCCUGUAUUUAAUCAGUUUUUAGAGCAAUCCAAGUACAAAGUCAUCAACAAAGACCAAUGGUGCAAUGUCUUAGAGUUCAGCAGGACAAUCAACCUGGACCUCAGUAACUAUGACGAGGACGGAGCCUGGCCAGUUUUGUUGGACGAGUUUGUGGAAUGGUACAAGGAAAGACAGAUGUCAUAGCUGGAGAUGGGGAUGGGGAUGGGAGAACAGCUACAACUGUGACCAUGAUGACUCUUGAGUAUCAAAAACCAAUAUGUAAACAACACAAAAUCAGUAAAGCAGUGAUGGUGGGUGCGUUCUGGUAAAGG